CGAUAUGUGUAUUUUCCUGCUCUCUCUGCACCAACACAAAACACGCAACUAAAUUUCGGUUAAAAACCCCUACUAAAAACAAUGCAAUCGAAACGGAACCAUAUAAAGUGAUUAAAUGGCCAACGCGGCGGAGGCGAAAUGCGAGCGCAGUGCAUUUUCCGGAUGAAAUCGCGUUUUCGGGGAAACUUACACAAACAUUUUUUUCGUAAGCGCUCUCAUGUUGUCUCUUUCGCACAGCAGAAUUACUAGUUGCUGUGUGUGUGCGUGCGUGCGUUUGUGUGUGCCGUAUGCCGUGUGCCAGUGUGUGCGUGCGUGUGAGUGUGAGUGUGAGUGACUUUGACUGCAGUUCGCGUACGUUUUUUAUUAAUACACCACAUAACAACAAUCACAACAACAACAAACAGUAAUGGAAACUAAACAUAUUUAAUGCGAGGAGACCAGAAAUCGUCUAAAACGGCAAGGCUUUAUCACCAUCGCCACCACCACCAACAGCACAGCAACAACAACAAAUUACUACAGCAUAUAUGCUAGUGUGCGUAAACGUAUUUGUGUUAAAUAAUGUUUAAACUGGCAUUUCUGAUUUCGCACACAAAACAAUAUUAAGUUGUAGUCACCAGCAGAGAGGAGCAAUUGAAGCAAACGAAAAAGAGCCAACGUUAUCAUUAAAAUUCGCCUCAAAUACAAGCAAUAAUACAUAAUAUGAAUAAAACCCGAGAGAAAAAAGUUCAACAUCUAGUAAAGAAAGCAAACAAAGUUUAAAAACAUUUGCAUUAACGAAAUCGUAGCCAUUAGCUUUAACAAAGUCGCGUAAAAAUUUUGAGCAGAACUUAGCAAGCCUAUAAAGUACGCCUUCCAAUAGUUAUUAUAUAUACACGCAUUAUAUACAUAUGCAUAUACACAGCCAUAGCACUUACAUACAUACAUAUAUACAUAUACAACAUCGGCCGAAGGGAAUUAUAGAAUGAGAAACCCACACGGGAAGUGAAUAAACGAUAUGGAAUCGUGGAAAAAGUGCGUUAUAUGCUAACGGUGCAAUCAAAUCUUAAUGUAGCCAAGCGAUACUAACAUAUAUAGCACAUAAUAUAUAGAUAUAUAUUUCUUACAUCCAUCAAGUAAAUCAACAAUUUUUACAAUCCGCAAACUUAAGCUGCUUCAAAAUCAACCAACGCAAUUACUUUAAGAGAUUUACUUUAUCGGUAAAUGGACAAGCAUAAAGAAAACAUACGAAUAUUAGAGAAAAACCAAAACAAAAACUAAAAAUCAAGUGCAAAUUGCAACAAGUUAUUCUAAAUAUUUAAAUGAGAAUUAUACGAAAUUUCCAAAAUUUAACUUAAAUUAUCCUAUUAUUCAUAGGUCUAAGUAAUGAAUAAUAGAUUUUAUAUAUGCGCCCCAAGUGCUUAAUUAACAACAACAUCAACAACUACAGCAACAACACCACACAACCAAAUCAAGAUUAAAAAUAAAAACUAUGCAAAACAACAACAACCUCAACAAACAGCGAAUCGAGCAAUAUUAUCAAUAAUAACUCUGUACAUUGUUAAACGUCAAAAAUGCAAAUUUAAACAACGCUAGCAACCUGCCAAUAUCAACAACAAAUAAAACAACAACUAAUGCGGUGCCCAGGAUCCAUCGCCCACUUAAGCAUCCCGCCACAGGAAAAGUGCACAGAAAAUCCCCAAGGAGUCGGAUAUCAUCCUCAAGUGGGGCAAACUAAAGGAUACGCAGUUCUCGCUGCAGCGAAGUCCAGCGGCCUUGGAUUAACUAAACGCCCACUUAGGGCGGAGGGAUCUCCUUCUAUGAGGCAACCAACACUUGCAGCAGCAGCAGCACCAGCAACGAUUUGGAUCCGGAUCCCCAUAUGGAUAUACAUAUGAAAAAACUAACUAAGCCACGGUACUGCAACUUUAUUUUCCCCUACUCACACACACACACAAACACACACACUCUCUUAAGCAACGUACUCAAGCAAUAAAAGACUAUAGAAGAUACGAGAUCAAAAGCCCCAAGAAACAAAUCAAAUUCAGCAUUUACAAGAAAAGUCUGCGUAUAGGAAAAAAUAAAACCGGGAAAACAAAUAAACAAACAGAAAGGCAAUUUCGACAGUGCUUGUCAAACUGCAGAAUUCCAAAAUGUUACAAGCGCAAAAACAAAAGCACAGCAAGAGAAGCAACAACAACGAUAUCAACUGCAAUUGCGAUUACAACAGCCACAAUAACAACAACCACAACAAAGCGACGUUCCAACGUCGCAAAUUUACAACGAUAACAUAAGCGAGCAAUCGAGCGAGAUAUAUAUAAAAGCGAGUGGGAAAGAGAGGAGAAGCCUAGUUGCACAGCUCCCCAUCCUCUUCCAGUCUAUCCUUCCCCCUUCCCUUCCUCGACCUUAACCCUUUGGCUGUGUGCGUGUGUCUGUCUGACUGUCUGUGUGUGCUCUCUCAGCUGAGGAUAAUUUAAUUAUUUUAUUUGUACUAAGCGCGCGUUAUGGCACAGCAGCAGCAACAACAAAUGCAGCAACAACAGCAACACCACACCAGCAGCAUCAACAACAACAACAGCAGCAGCAUUGUUCUCCUUCAGCAACAACAGCCCCAACAACAACAGCAACAACUAGAUCAACUACAGCAAUACAAUAACAAUUUGUAUAGCCAAAAUUAUAACAUGGAGGAGUACGAACGGCGAAAAAGACGUGAGCGUGAGAAAAUCGAGCGGCAACAGGGCAUACAGAUUGACGAUCGGGAGACUAGUCUAUUCGGGGAGCCGCGUCGGCUGACUGAGGGAGAUGCGGAGAUCACCGCCGCCCUGGGUGAGUUCUUCGAGGCGCGGGAGUACAUCAACAAUCAGACUGUGGGAAUCAGCCGGAGUGCGCCCGGCGCCGGCAAUCCGCGCCUGCAGCCCAAUCUGGCGCCGCAAGCCAAAUCCCUGGGGCAUUCACCCUCCUCCGCCUCCUCAGCAGCUGGGCCCACUGCCGCGUCCGCGACCACUUCGCUGCCCGGCCAGCAACAGCACUACCAGCAACAGCAGCGACCGCCUACGUAUGUGAAGCAGGCGGACAAUAAGCCGCCGUACAAUGGUCGCGGCGGCUAUCCUGGGCAGCCCAUGAAGAACGACAUUCCGUCGAGUAGUGGCAUGGCCCCGCCCCGCGGCCCGCCCAGAACCAGUUCCAGCAACAGCAACUCGUCCAGCGUCACAAACAAUGCCAGCAGCGGCGGAGUCCCGGCCAGCACACCGCUGGGACCACCCCUGUCCACCCAGAUGCCGAAUGGGCGAGAGAAGUCCUUUCUUGGUCCGCCGGCUCCGGCGCUGCACAACGGCACCGGCGGACGCUUUGUGCCGCCAGCGGCCAGUAAGCGACCUGGAGUGGGCCAACAGCCGCCACCACCGGAGAAGGAUGUCAACAAAAUUAUCAGCGACAUAGCAAAUAUCUUCACGGUGCAGCCACUCACAUUGAUAGCGGCGACGCCACAUGCGCCAACGCGCGAGAACUACAACCUGCUGGCGCCCAAUAGACAAAAGUAUGCGAUGGACAUACCCAGCUCGCCACCCUCUGCGGAACCCUCUUCGCUGAUGACGCCACUUUUUGCGCCCAUUACCUCGCCCAUCGCCCCGUUGGUGACAACACCGCCACAGGCAAGCCAAAUGCCUCUGGGCGGAGCAACAAGUGGGACGAUACUAGCGGGAGAGGCUCUGGCACCCCUGCACCAACUGCCACCCACUAUGCCCAAAGCAGCUUCCGGAGUCACGUCGCCGGGACCGGUCAAGCCGCUCAAAACGGAAAAGAAUCACUCGUUGGAGAAGCAAGACUCGUGCCUGGAGAACGACCUGGAGCUGUCCGAGUCGGAGGAUGAACAGCGCAAGAAGGAGGGGCGAUCGGGUGGAAACAGCAGCAAUAGUUCCGAGUCCGAUUCCAGUGAGUCGGGCAGCGAGUCGAGCAGCAAGAACGAUCUGCAGCAUCAUCCAAACCACCAACAGCACCAUCACCAACUGCAGCAGCAGCAACAGCAGCAGCAGGCGACCAUGCAGCAGCAGCAAGUCCUCCAGCAACAGCAUCGGUCCCAACCACUGACGUCCAACGGGGCCCAGAACAAGAAGUUUAGGCAUGAGAUCAUUGCCCGUGGCAGUAAUACCAUUACGGGACUCCUCAGCUCCAGUGGAUUCGGUAGCGGAGGUAAUGUGGGACCAGCCGGUGUGAACUCCAAUGCAGUCGUGGGCACAGGAAGUGGAUCGGGCGGCACGUUAAGCAGUGGAGGCAGCUCAUCGAACAAGACCCCCUCGCCAACGGAAAGCAACAAGUGGAAUCUGAGUCGCUUUUUCCACAAGCCCGCAAAUCAGACAAAUUCCGAAAGCGUCUCGCCGGGCAAUGUAAGCAUGAAGGUGCCAGGGAUACUGCCAGGUGGAGCCCAAAUCAUACCCGAGUCCAUUGAUGUGACAACGGCCAUUGUUAAGAACGAGAAAAACGACAUGGCAAUGGAGGAGGGUGAGGAGGAGGAUGACGACGAGGAGCAACAACUGCGCUACGGUGGCGGACUGAGUGUCACACCGGUGGCGGUGAAAAAGGAGGCCAUUGACGCUGUAUCGGAGAUGGCGCUUGGAGCGAUACCAAAAACACAAAUCAAACGUGAGUCGGCUGAGACUUUGCUUUCAGCCCGGCUUUCGGAUUCUGGGACCAGUGCCAGUGGCAGCUCAUCGAGCAGCAGCAGCAGUUCGGACAGUGCGAUGGGAGGCGAGGUGGUGCCCAUGCCAGGUCCUGGAGAAACCCUUCAGCUUCCCGGCGUACCGGCCGCCAUUACAACUGUUAUGCGAGUGCAACCGACGCAGUCACAAAAGGCACCGCCGAGCAACAGCGUCACGUUGACGCCGAUUCUUCCGCUGCCCACGUCGCCAAAACAGCGACAAAAGAAGCCGCGAAAGAAAAAGGCGAUUACAAGUGCCCCCAUUCUGGAUUCAAGCGACGACGAUGAGCCGCCGCCCAAGCAUCCAGGUCUGGAUCACACAGCUGUUUCGGUUCAAACGCAGCCAGCUACGGAUACGGUGAAAAAGGGACGCGGACGGCCCAGGAAGCAGCAGCAGAGCGGCGGCAGUGGUAACCUCAGUAGUGCAUCAGCCGGCAGCAGCUCCCAGACCAAGGGUCCCACGUUGACCGCUGCCAAAAAGCCUCUCGCCAAGACACCGCUGGCCAUGAGCAGGGCGAGGAAGCGCGAACAUUCCAGCCAGAGCAGCUCCAACGGCAAUACGCCCACCAAAAAGGUGGCCACACCCCAGCUGGUCGCCGCUCCCCUGAAACCGACAAGUAACACUGCUGGCAGUAGCAGCUCCGACGAGGACAGCUCCUCAAGUGCCGAAUCCAGUUCGAAAUCGAGCAGCUCUUCGAGCAGCAGCGACGACACGGAAACCCAGAACACCAACUGCCGGAUAGUCAAGCUGAACAAGACUGGCGCUGUGCAGAAGAAGGCGCUGCUGGGCAGCGGGAGCAGUUCACCAAGCAGCAGUGGCAGCGAGGCGGAAGAUCAGACCACCAGGUCACAGGUUGGAAGUGGGCAGGCGCUAGCACAACAACUGCCGCCCUACAAGCAGCUGCCGAUCAGUCAGCAUAGUCAGCACCUGAGCAGUUCCGACUGCUCCUCAUCGAGUGGUGGCUGUACUGCUGUGUGCAGCAGCAGCAGCGGCGAGGAGGACGAGGGGCGGCGUGAAAAGGAGCGCGAGAGGAAGCCCAAGAGUGACAAGAAUAAGAUUAAUACGCUGACGAGGAUUUUCAAUCCAAAGGAGGGCGGCGCCAAGAAACAGGGCCAGGUCGUUAUCGUAGACCUGCAGGAGGAGCAACAACAGGGCAAGUUGGAUGCGGCGGCACAGCCAUCAGCUCCACAGGCGCCACCUGCAGCACCUGCCGCCAUAAUGGCCAAGCCCCGGAUGACACCCACUCAGCAACAGCAGCUGGGAGCCGGACUGGCCUCGCCAGCGAGGACAACAACGCCACAUCUAACCUCCUUGAUAUGCAAGAUCGAUCUAAGCAAGCUUUCGCGAGAGCGCAUUAUGCGACUGAAGAAACUAACACCCGCCCAGCAGAAUGGCCAUCUGACGCCCAAGGAUCAGGCGACGAAUGCGGUUCAUGUGCCCAAUGGCUAUGCCGGCGACACAAAUCCCGCGGCGAAGGUCAAGCACGAGCAUCCGGUGAAACCGGAGCCCGAGCUGGACGCCGGCUACGAGGCCAAAUUCAAGCCCGGCAAUGUCAAGCAGGAGUUCCAGCUGAAGCAGGAACGAGACCGGGACAGGGAGCGAGAACGGGAGCGGGAACGAGAACGUGAGCGGGAUCGUGAGCGUGAGCAACCUCCUGGGCGACGGCGGAAACGCAGCUCCAGUUCCAGCUCCAGUCCGUACAAGGAGAAGAAGCGGAAAAAGGAGAAGGCCGACCAGCUACAGAUGGGCAAGGAACUGUUGCCAGUGCCCGUGCUUCUGCCCUCUAACAACCACGAGCGAAUGCCGAACCAUGAUCGAUUGUCCUAUGACAAGCUGCAGUUGCUUCACGAGGACGCUGCCGCCGUCAUUGGCGAUGUGUCCGCUCCAAAUGGCAGUCCCACCAAAAAGCUGCUGGCCAUGUCACCUCUACCGCCUCCGCCAACUGUCACCGUUGCGCCUGCCACCUGCAAUGAGGCAGUGCAGACUACUCCGCCAUCGGCAACAGCAACCUCUGCAAUAGCUCCUCCGGUGCCAGCCACAAGGCUUAUAUACCGCUCCUAUUUCGAUCGCGAUGUGGAGCACCCCAGCGACGAUCCCAGAAAAAACAAUCAGUUCCUGCAGGAGGCCAUCAAUCGGAAGCAUGCCGCCGACUUGGAGCGCGACUCCUUCAACCAGGUGACAUUGUACCUGGAGGCCGUUGUCUACUUCUUGCUGACCGCCGAUGCCAUGGAGCGCUGCAGCUCCGAGCAGGCCACCAACACCAUGUACAAGGAUACCCUGUCGCUAAUUAAGUUUAUCUCCACUAAGUUUCGUCCCUACCAGCAGCAGUCAACGACCAACAUUCAGCACGAAACGCACAACAAAGUGGCCAUUCUCAGUUUGCGCUGCCAGUCGUUGAUAUCAUUAAAGCUUUAUAAGCUGAGAAGAAAGGAUUGUCGGGCCAUUAUCAACAGUCUAACAGAUUUCUUUCGCGUUGGCAGGGGGGACAUUGCCAACGGCAACACGCCGUCCUCCAUAUCACCAUCGAACUCGGUGGGCUCGCAGGGCUCCGGUUCGAAUACGCCGCCAGGCAGAAUAGUGCCUCCAGAUAUACACAAUAUGCUGUGCAAGCAGAAUGAGUUUCUGAGCUAUCUAAAUAGCGCUCACGAGUUGUGGGAUCAAGCCGAUCGAUUGGUGCGCACAGGCAAUCAUAUAGAUUUCAUCCGAGAACUGGAUCACGAGAACGGCCCGCUGACGCUGCAUAGCACCAUGCACGAGGUGUUCCGGUACGUGCAGGCGGGUCUCAAGACGCUCAGGGAUGCCGUGUCGCAUCCGACGCAUCAGUCGCAGUAGCGACAGCGGCAAUAUCAACCGCAAACGCAACGGAAGCGUUGGCGGAGGCGGAGGCGAAGGCGGAGACGGAAGCACCACCAAACGUGUCUAAAUGAAAGUCAGGCCAAAUUAGCAACUAUUAUCUACUACAAGCUACUAAUUUAGUUAGUCAAGAUGAGGAGGAGGAGUAACGAAUGAAAUGAAAUCGAAACCAACAACCUUCCAACAGAACGAUUAUAACCACAACAAAAACAACACAAAAAUUUGAUUUGUUAAUACUUUAUAAUUUAUAUAUGUAUGUAAUUGUAUAUGCACACCAUUUACUUAUUUCCUUAUGCUCAAUUUUCGAUUGUUUAAGCAUGUUAAGCUUUAUAUUUAUGCCUAGUUUUAAUUGAUAUUACCACAAAGAAAAACAAAAACACACAUUAAAAGUUAUAUUAGCUCUACGUCUAGUCUGUAAGCUCAAAAACGAAAACCCAACCAGCCCACCCCCCCCCCCCCCCGCCCACCCUACCCCCUUUUCCUGUUACCCAAAAACAUAAACAUUUUAGUUGAAUUUUGUUUUCGUAUGCGUACAGUAAGGAAGAUGAACGGCUUUUUAAAUUGUUUAAGUUUUAGUUAAUUUUACUUUGCAGCCUUGGUAAAGAAAAAUGUUAGCAAAUAUAAUUAUACAUAUUAUGGCAUAUAUAAAGAAAAGUUAUAGUUAUAAAUUCUUUAUAAUAUUUCUAUAUGAAUUAUGUUUAACGCAACUAUUUUAUUAAUUUUAAAUUAAUUUUUAAAAAGCAAUCACAACACGUUUUUAGAACAAAAUACAUGAAUGAAAACAAUAUAUAUUUAUAUUAAUAUAUAUUUCAAAUAUAUACACGCAAUUGUAUUUCUCUUUUGGUUUUAUUUCUUUCAACCCAUCCAUAAAACCACCUCAUCCACAGUCUAUUCCCAACAUAAUUCAUAAAUUCAUAAUGGGUGCCUCAAAACUCUCACACAGACGCAACAACUAAUAGUGCAUUAGUAGACUUAAACGAGUUAAAAAUCAAUCGAAAUAGACUUGCCCUCGAAAUAGUUAUAUAAGCUGUACAUAUAGCCGCCAGUAUACAAGAAAUAUAUUUUUAAAUGCCAAAAAGUGAGCGCUGUAAACUACUUUAAGCCAACUUCAAUCAGCAGAAUUUGAAAAUGAGUGGGGAUUGGGAUAGGAUGGUACGAUGGUAGGAUGGUAGGAUUCUGGAAUACAUUCAUAUAUUGACCGAGUUGAGCAGCCAGCAUUUUCUUGUUGACUUUUAUUUUGGCAUGUACGAAAUCGAAACUACGAAAAUCAAAGCAAAAAUGUAACGAAAAACAAAACGGAAAGCAAAACAAAGUAAGAAAGAAUAUUAAAUUAAUAUUAGUAAUGGUUCUGGGGAAACAAGGCAUUCGCUCGCAUUCGACAAAUGAAACCGAAAACAAACAUUUAAAUUGUAGACAAAUUUUAAGUUAUCACUAAAAUGACGAGUGCCGAAUGCCGAUGGAGAAUUUGCGCAACUUUAUUGUGCAGUGCAACUACAUAAGUGUAAUUAUUAUAAAUUGGUACACAUGCAUACAUAUGUAUUGUUAAUUAUUAAAACGAUGUAAAUAAUACAAUUACGUAGGCGGGAAGACACGGACACAAACAUGCAUAUAAUUAAAGUAAGCAUAAUUACAUGCCUAACUAUAAAUAACUAUAUAUUGGUAUAUAUAAAGAUAUAUAAUAUAUAUAUAUUUUUAUAUAUAUACACGAUGAAUUAAACUAAACAACGUAGAAAUCAUAGUUAAAUUUUUUCGAAGUGACAAGAUUAACGUGCAGCAAUAAGCAACCGACAAGAACAACAACAACAACCACAACAACAACAAAAACAAACGAAACGCGCCUAGUAAUAGUUAAUAAUUCUAUUUUGUUAAGCGUUAUUGUAGUGAAACGAAACAAAAGAAAACCAAACAAAAACAAAAACAAAACCGAACCGACAGAUCGAACAGCAAAACCAACAGAAUUAAGUUUUAAGCUGGACUUUGGAACGUGGAAAGCGAGUAGAAAACCAAAAUGAAUGCAAAACAUGUUGUUCAUUGACAAAGCUAAAAGUAAAUAUAUAUUUUGUACAAAUAUAAUUAAAUUCAGCCGCAGCUAAAACCAAGUACACUUAUUAAAGUUUAAGCAACAACAGAACAACAACCAAUUUAAUAUGCAAUUACCGU